AUGGCACCCAAUCUAAGUGACCUCCCAAAAGACUACUAUGUCAAAGCAAUGCAAUUCACAAAACGUACGCAUCAAGAUGCGUAUCCAGCGAUUGAUCCGAGUCUCCCAGAGCACAGCUUAGCAGGCAAAGUCGUUAUCAUCACUGGAGCUUCACGCGGAAUCGGAGCUACAGCAAUGGUACCAGCAUUCAUCAAAGCCGGAGUCAAAGGCAUGGUCCUCAUCGCCUCCAACGCCACCAAACUCUCCACCGUCGAAGCCUCUGUAAAAGAAGCUCACCCGGAAAUCGAAACAUUAACCUGCGCCGUCGACAUCUCCGACGCUCAAGCCGUAGAAAAAGCCUUUGAAAGCAUCAAGCAAAAGUUUGGUCACGCAGACAUCCUCAUCAACGCCGCCGGCGUUCUAACGGGUGACGGACCAAAACUCCACGAGACAAACGUCGACGAAUGGUGGAAGAACUUUGCACAUACCUCCACCCCCGCCACAAUCCUCACCCUCUCCUCCUGGCAAUCCUUCUUCACCGUGCCCGCCGUGGGCGGCUACUUGAUAAGUAAAUUCGCCGUCGACGCCCUCGCCGCCUACGUCGCCGCCGAGUACCCGUGCGUAACAUCCAUAAGCAUGCAUCCAGGGAUGGUGGCGACGGAUAUGCUGCGGGAACCGUUUCGCUCGUUGUUCAAUAAUGAUAGCGCCGAGUUGGUGGGGGGCAUGGCGGUGUGGGUGUGUCAAGAGAAGGCGAGGUGGUUGAGUGGACGGUUUGUGAGUGUGAAUUGGGAUGUGGAGGAUUUGAUGGCGAGGAAGGGGGAGGUUGUUGAGAGAGAUUUGCUAAGGUUGGGGAUGAGGGGGGAGUUUGGGGUCUAA